AUGCGCUUCUUUUUCCUGUGUGUCCUUCCUUCGUGCAGCGGCUUUGACCAUCCGUUCCCCUCGCCUCGUUCCCUUCGCCCCUGCUCCUCUUUCCCCGCUCAACCCACCCCCCCCGAGUUGACGGUGGUGGGGCCACGCGGCAGGCCUUCUCAUCUCAUCCUCUUGUCCCUUCCUUGUCGCCCUUCCCCACCUUUCUUUUUCCCCCUUCCCCCACUCCCACCCCCCAGCCCAGGUGAUGGUGGUGGAGGCGUGCGGCAGGGUGGGCUGGGCUGUUGUUGCAUGUGGUCUCUCGUGACGGUGGUGGAGGCGCGCGGUCGGGUGACGGUGGUGGAGGCGCGCGGAAGGGUGGGCGGGGCGCAUGUGGAGCCGAACGGAGGCCGCCCCUGCCGGCUCGCCCACUGCGUUCCUGCGAGGCGAGAUGGGCGCACAGUGGAUCGAAGGCGCCACAGAAUUGGGCGGCAGAACGGGCGGGAAAUACAAUUCACAGCCAAGGGGAAGAGAUACAGGGAUCCCGGGUGGUCGGCAGCGGAGGCGGAGUAUCAAACGUUGGUACGGCAAGGCUUGUCCUGGGCGAACAGACAGGACAAGGAUGUGAGCCUGCAGCAGGCGUUCACCAGCGGGCCAUGGAAGCGGCGAGUGUUCCUCAAGCCCUAUGUGCAGGUAGUGUGGUUGUGGGAGGGUAGAGGGGGCAGCGGAGAGAUUGGGGCGAGCAAGGUAUGGGUAGUGUGGUUGUGGGAGGGUAGAGGGGGCAGCGGAGAGAUUGGGGCGAGCAAGGUAUGGGUGAGUGUUCCUCAAGCCCUAUGGGAGUGGGAAGGGGAGUGGGAAGGGGAGUGGGAAGGGGAGUGGGGAGGGGAGUGGGGAGGGGAGUGGGGAGGGGAGUGGGAAGGGGAGUGGGGAGGGGAGUGGGGAGGGAGGGGACAGGGGAGGGAAGUGGACACCAGUUAG